AGGGUUGACUCUAAAAAGAACCAAACGCAGAGUUCCUAUCCUUCUCUCUCUACUAGACUCUCUCUCUCUUUCUUCAAAUUUCAAAUAUUUUUGAGUCUGAGAAUCACACCGCGUCUGCGUCCACCAAAUCCUCCAUGCCCAUCUCUUAAAGUCCGAUUCUUUCUUCCUCAAAUCUCGAUUACUCCAGAACCCUUUUUUUUCUUCUAAGAUUCGUUCUUAUCCCCAAAUCUUUUCAGGCUUUGGUAACCACUAGUAUCGUUUUUGUAUGGUUGUGAAAAUGAAACAGAUCAUGCGGUGGCCACCGUGGCUUCCUCUCUUCGCCGUCAAAUUCGACGUGAUCGUCGUUGUUCACAAGAUGGAGGGUUUGUUGGAUUCUUCCGAUGGUGACGGCGAUGAUACUGAUCAUCAGCGAUGUGGGACGACGACGACGACGACGAGGAAGAGACCUGUGGUUGAGAUCAAGUGGAAAGGACCUAAAUCGGUUACUCUCAAACGCUCCCUUGUACGGAAUUUAACCGAAGAAGGUGGGUUUCGCGGCGACGGCGUCGUUGAGUGGAACGAAGAGUUUAAGAGGGUUUGUGAAUUCUCUGUUUACAAGGAAGGAUCGUUUCUUCCAUGGCUCGUUUCUUUCACAGUCUUCAAUGGACUGAAUCAAGGAUCAAAGGAGAAAGUUGGUAGCUUUGGAAAGGCAUCACUGAACAUUGCAGAGUACUUUUCAUUGAUGAAAGAAGAUGAUGUUCAAGUCAAAGUUCCUCUGAAGAAUAGUGGCUCAUCAUCAUCAUCAUCAUCUGUGCGAAGUCCAUGUCUUCAUAUAUCCCUUCAGUUUUCCCUUAAAGAAUCAUUGCCUGAAAGACAGAGAUCUGCUCUUCCUGUUCUAUGGUCUCCUCUUUCUACUGAAGCUGAGAAAGCUGAGUCUGUUGUAAAAGUAGGCCUGAGAAAGAUGAAAUCCUUCAACCAUUGCAUGUCUAAUCCCCACGCAUCGGAAAAGGAGUGUGAGAAAGAGGGAAGCAGCGGAAGCGGAAGUGAAGGCAAAAGUCCAGAGCGAAAUCUUGAUUCUGACUCUACUUAUCCUUUUGACACAGAUUCUCUAGAUGAAGGUGAUGCUGCCGAUGAAUCAGAAGAGAAUGAAAGCGGCAUUGCUGAUCCAGUUAAUUACAAAACACUUCGAUAUGCUAAUUGGGCUAGAGGCUCAUUUCAUGCUGAUACAAACCCUGAAGACGAGGAUUUGAUAUAUUACACCCACCGCAAUCCAUUAGCAGAGACAGGACAUUGCGGUAAUGAGGUUUCGAGUGAUGUAGUAAUCUUGGAGCAGACGAAAGGACAAAUGUCUAAGAAGAGAAUGUUAUCUUGGAAGAAGAGAAAACUCAGUUUUAGAUCUCCUAAACAGAAAGGCGAACCUCUUAUUAAGAAGGAUUGUCUUGAAGAUGGUGGUGAUGAUAUCGAUUUUGACCGCAGACAACUGAGUUCAUCCGAUGAGUCUAACUCUGAUUGGUAUAGGUCUGAUGAUUCAAUCAAGAAGCCAUUAUCCCAGUUUGGAGAUGAUGAUUUCGUUGUUGGUAGUUGGGAAACCAAAGAGAUUAUAAGCCGUGAUGGGCUGAUGAAACUCACGGCUCAAGUAUUUCUCGCAUCAAUCGAUCAGAGAAGCGAGAGAGCUGCUGGAGAAAGCGCAUGCACAGCCUUAGUUGCAGUGAUGGCAAAUUGGUUAGGUUCCAACAGAGACAUAAUCCCAACAAGGUCAGAGUUUGACAGUCUUAUCCGAGAAGGAUCAUCCGAGUGGAGAAACAUGUGUGAAAACGAGGAAUACAGGGAACGGUUUCCAGACAAACAUUUCGAUCUCGAGACAGUUGUACAGGCAAAAAUCAGACCAAUCUGUGUAGUCCCUGAGAAAUCAUUCAUCGGGUUCUUCCAUCCAGAGGAAGAAGAAGAAGGAAAAGAAGACGCUAAUCUAGAUUUUCUGAAAGGUGUAAUGUCCUUUGACAGUAUCUGGGAAGAGAUCAUGAAACAAGAACCAGAAGAGUCGGCAAGCGAACCUGUGAUCUACAUUGUAAGCUGGAAUGAUCAUUUCUUCGUACUCCUCGUGAACCAUGAUGCUUAUUACAUCAUAGACACGCUUGGAGAGAGGCUCUAUGAGGGUUGCAGCCAAGCGUAUGUCUUGAAAUUUGACAAAGAUGCAGAGAUCCAAAGACUAGUACCCGUCCUAGAAAACAAGAAACAAGGUGGUAAGGACAAGUCUGAGCAAGCCGAAAGAUCAAAAGAAUCAGAUGAAGAGCAAGAAGAAGAAGAAGAAGAAGAAGAGGUAGUGUGUAGAGGUAAAGAGUCAUGUAGAGAGUAUAUAAAGAGCUUUCUGGCGGCGAUUCCAAUUCAGCAAGUGAAAGCUGAUAUGAAGAAAGGACUGGUUUCAUCUUUGCACCACCGUCUUCAAAUUGAGCUUCACUACACGAAACACCUUGCUCAUCACGAUAACCACCAACCCAAUUAUCAGAUAGAAUCAUGUGCAACCGAAGAAACUGUGACAGUGGCUUGGUCGUUGGGCAAUAGUGGUGGGUUUGGCUGCGAGAUGGCUGAGCUUUUGGGGGUAAAGGUUUAAAAGAGAAGUAAAGUGUAUAUAGAGAAAAAGAGUUUACUUUUGUUUGAAUUUUUGGUGUUCAUAAUCAUAAAUAAUAUAACUCAAAUAACCCCUUUUGUAUUUUUUUGUUUUUCAUUUUCUGGCUAAUUUGAUGUUACAAUAAUGUUUGGGCUU